AUGAGGACGACCACAAUCCGCGCUUGCUAUCCUCGACCACUGACCGUAGACUCCUCCGGGAGUUCUUUCGAGCUAACUUCGUCCCAGCUCGCGCAUGAAGAUGAGGUGGACGCUCAAAGAUAUGAGAUCAUCAAAGAUGACAAGGUCCUUGAGGCACACGAGAAGAAACGAGACCAAGAAGAUGACGAUUUCUAUCUCGAUCCACAGGAACUCUAUAACCAGGGCUCUUCUCAAAGCACAGACAUCUCCAGCGACAGCAGCCUCUCUGGAAUGUAUAGAAGCGCUGGUUCCACCGAAGAAGAGGACUCGGAAAUGGAGACCGACAGCUUUCCGGAGGGCUCCUCUUCGGGCCGUGCUAGCCCAGCGCCCGUAGAUCAGCGCACUCCGGAACAGGCUCUUUGUGAGGACAAAGAAAUAACUAGGGAGAAGAUAAAAUUAAUCCAUAAGGCGCUGUACCAGGAUCCUCAUGAAAUCCUCAGCCCAGAUCGACGGAGGUUCGCGAAAGCGCUAAUCGCAAUCCUUUAUGGACUGACGGUGGGAGAGAUGGAAAUGGUAGAUAGGUGGAUCAUACGAAAUCGAGAGCAACUAAAGUUGUGGCCUAAUAGGGCAUGA